AUGACAUUUCGCGAUCAAGUUGAGAAGUAAAUUUGUGGUUUUGUAGUUAUAAAUUGGAUGAUUUUAGCGUUUCUAUCGUGUGAGGUGCCCCAAUUGAGUCACUUUCAGCCACCAAUGGUGUCAGAAAGCGACCGUGAGUGAUAAUGUGCGACGUGUGUGCGGAUUUCCUUCAUCUCCUCACCACCCAUGAGACUCGGAUCAGCAACAACGAACUCAAGCAUCAGCAUCUGCAGAAGAAUGAGGUGGACAUUGCAUUUGCGUACAUCCAGACGUGGCCGCAAAGGCAGUGCAUGUGCUGUUACAGGGAUGUGAAGAACUUCGAGCGCUUCAAUCUGAUUGUCCAGUCCAUCAUAUGCCUGACGAUAUCGCAGCUGAAGAACAUCAAGGCGAUCCUCGAGGAGAGUCAGACGAACAAUAACAAUGCCGAUGAGUCUGGCGGCGGAGGGGAGGCGAAGGAGGCCAAGGGGGACGCACAGGAGGUCAAGCCAGCGUCCCCAGCACCCCCAGUGGCGACCGGGAGCAAGUCCAAGGAUCUCAGCUCCACGUGGAGUCUGCCAGAGCUGGAGAGAGUGCUGAUUGUGAUCUCCAAAGCGUUCCUGCUCAACUUCCCACUCUAUGUGGCUUACAAGCACGGCGUUCACUCGCGCCUGGACGACAUCUCCGCCCAGGACGCCAACAGUCUCAGUAUCUUCUGCGACUUGCACGACAACGAGAUUCCCGCCUUUUUGCUCCGCAAUGUCUCUGUGUUCUGCAAUUGCGGCGGCUUCGCCGCCAUGGCGCACUGCUUCGAGCAGCCCAAUCUGCCCGUGUCCACGGCGCACGCCAUCACGGCCACCAUCAGCAACGUGAAGCUGUGGCUCAACUAUCGCAGCACGGCGCAGCUGUUCGUGCCGCUGCGCGUGAAGGUGCUGCAGUACAUGUGCAAGCUCAACGACCAGGAUCUGCGCUCGCCGGCCACCAAGUCCAUGGCGGAGUUCAUGUGGGCGGCGGUGAAGGAUCCGCUGGACUCGCAGAUUACGUUCGACAUGGAGGGCCUGACGCUGGCGUUCAAGUAUUUCACGUCCACGACGCUCACGAUGCGGCUGUCGGGCAUGGCGCAGAUCAAUGCCCACAUCAAUCUCUUCAACGACAUCUGCACGUCCGACACGGUGGCGGAGGUGGAGGUGGUGGGCCAGAAGCUGGGCGACUGGCUCACGGACAACCAGAUCGUGUCGCACCUCUUCGGCCCGAAUCUCCACGUCGAGGUCAUCAAGCAGUCUCACAUUGUGCUCAACUUUCUGGCUGUGGAGAAUCAAAUCACCGAGGAGCACAUCAGCCUGAUCUGGCAGGCGGCGCAGCUGAAGCACUGCUCGAAGCCCAUCUAUGACAUCCUGCCGUCCCUCGUGAAGAACCUCGCGGCGCGUCCUGCGCUGCAUCUCUACCAGUUGCUCUGUCGUCUCGAUCCCAAGGAGCACACGGAGCAGAGCAUUUACAUCGCGUCGGCGCUCACGAAGCUCAUCUGGUCGCGCGAGAGUUGUCGCCAAUCCAGUGUAGACAGUUUCUUUGGCGGCAGCAGCGUGGCGGGCUCGAGUGGCGCCACCGGAAGUGCCCUGAUGCGCAAUGUGGCCGCGGUGGCGUCCAGUUCGGAGAACAGCGUGAGCAUUGAGGGCAGCAACAGUGAGGAGGAGCAGCAGGAGGAGGACAGCUCGGAGGGCAGGAAGAGUCCAAUUGAGGUUGAGGGCUCGGAUUCCGGCGCGCCGCCUUGCAAACAGGCCAGACACAAGAAUUGCUGCGGCGAAACGACAGAUGAGAGCACGAAGGUGGAGGCGGAUGUGGCUGACGAUGUGGAGUGUGACAAGGGCAUUCCACCCACGCUGACGAUCAUGGGGCAGCGCAUCUCCAUCCUGCCGGACGGCUCGAGCAGCGAUGAUGGUCUCGAUGGCUCGGAGAACUUCUCGGUGAUGCGCAAGCGAUUGCGGAAGCGGCGGAAGAUGCGAGUGCUGUCGAAGAAGCAGAUGCAACAGAUUGCCGAGAUGUCGGAUGGCGAGUCGCACAGCGAUGGCGCCGUGGUGGGCAAUGACAGUGACUGCAGCGAGACACACUUGCCGUCCGCCGUGCUGAGCCACCUGCACUCGGACGGCUCCUUCAUUGGGGCGAUUUCGGAAGGGCAGCUGAUGGAUUUGCUGAGCGGAGCGGAGAAUGACGGGAGCUACUCGUCGCCGAUGAGCAACAAGUCGGAGAAGAACAUGGCUGACUUUGACGAUGAGGAUUCGCCGUGCGAGGAAGAGUUGGAGCAGUUGGCGUCGCGCGGACACUGCCUGACGGCCUUCACGCUUCCCCGCAGUCGCACGAUUGCCAGUGUGCUGGGGAAGAGCGAGAAGGCGGCCAAGAGUGGUGGCGAGAAGGCGAGUCAGGAGAGCGCAAACUCCUCGAGUUCAUCCACUGCCACCCAGGCGCCGUACAAGGUCAUCGACGUGUGCCAGCCGGGCAACACGCUGCUCUGGGAUUUGCUGCAGGACGACAAGAUUGGUCAAUUGGGCGAAUCUCUAGCCUUGGAGGCGGAGAAGGCUCUGGGCACGCUGCUGUGCUUCAAUACCGACAAAUUCAUUCGGAUGAAGUUCGUGGAGGGAUGCCUGAUGAGUCUGGCCAACAAUAAGAGUGUCAUUGUGUGUCUGCGCCUGCUGCCGAAGAUGUUUGCCUCCUUCCAGCAAUUCCGCGCCACGGACACGCAUCAGGUGACGAUGUGGGCGGAGAGGCAGCACAAGAUGAUGCAUCACUUCUUCAACAAUCUCAAGUAUUACGCCGUGUCCACGAAGACACAGAAUCAGGGACAGAUACUCAAUCAGAGCGGUGGACUGAUGUAUUCGCACUUGACGCAGGUGCAGGUGCGUCUGCAGUUCCUGACGUCGGUGUUCAGCUCAAUGGGAUCACCGGAGCCGUUCAGGCUGAGCCUCGAGCAAGUGGAUGCGUUGUGGGCGUGGCUGGCGAAUGACACGGAGUGCUCAGACUGUCUGUUUGCAUGGCUGCAGACGCAAGCGAAGGGCAGUGGAGAUCAGCACGCGCUGGGCAUUGACACGCUGCAACACUUGUAUAUUCGGAAGUUGCCAGAAUUGCGUCCCGAAGGCAUCUCAAUGGUCGCUCUGGGACUGUUUCAGCAACUCUGCAGCUUGGCACGCCUGGCGGCGCAUUAUGACACAGGGAGUGACAUGUCGCUGGACAUUGUGGGCAUGAGUCAUCUGUGGAAGAUUGCUCUGCGGGCGAAUAACACGGAUGUGUCGCUGGCGGCGAUUCAGUACAUCAACUCGUAUUACAUGGGACAGCAGCUGAAGCUGGAGAAGGAGUUUGUGGCGCAGUGCAUGAAUCAUCUGACGCAAGCGGCGGAGGAUUUGAACAAUGUGGAGAGGCAAGAGCACGCUCUGAUGUGUGUUCAGCGGGCGCUGAUGUUGCUCAACACGCACUUGGAGACCUUCCGUCGGCGCUAUGCUUAUCAUCUGCGGCGCUGGGCGCUCGAGGGUAAGGGCAUUGCGGCCCACAGUGCUCUGAGGAGUGAGGGUCCGGGGCCACCAAUUAGGAUCAUCCUGCAGCCAGCUGGAGUGCCGGAUAAAUCUGUCUUGCAUCUCCAUUCGACGGAUUUGGUGGCUGAUCUGAAGGCAGAGGUGGCAAAGUGGUGGGAAUCCAUCCAGAGUGGCGUAAAGACAUCCGGCGCCACGGCUCCCGUUCUGGGGCUGUUGCUGAGCGAAGGUCCGCUGAGGAUUAUCACGCAGGGACAAGAGAUUACGGCGGAAUACGAUGAGCGGAGCUUGGCUGAUGUGGGAUUCAAGGACAAUCAGAUGGUGUAUGUGUCUCUGGGCGGUCGCAGCAGUGGCCGACGUCGUGAUCCCGGCGAUCAUCCAUCCCUGCAACCGCCGCCGCCGAAGGAAUGUCUGCCGACGGUUUUGCUGCUGCAACCGAAGUAUUUUGAGCAAUUGUUCAAGCUGAUGCAGACUUUGGGUGACAUGAAGACACUGGGAAAGGGUGGAAAUCGUCAGCCGCACACGAAGGCUCAGUUGCUGUCGCGCAGAGUGUGGGACAUCCUGGCAAUGCUGCCCACAAGUCCCACGCUUCUGGAGAACUUCAAGAACAUCAUGCACCAGAAGGCUGCGAAGACGGAUGAAGAGAUGGAGACUGAGGUGCCGGAGAAGCCGUCAAUGAUGAAUGUGGAGGAUCUGCUGGAUCCGAGAAAUCUGCAGAAGUUCAUGUAUUCACUGCACAUUGUUGAGAGUCUGUGCAAGACGAAAUUCACGGCGGGAAAGUUGGCAGAGAAGGCGCCAGUGAAGGCGCAGGCCAUCAAGGCGUCGAAUCCGCAGAAGAUCAUGUCCAAGCUGAGUGUAAAGGUUGUGGCGAACAGGAAGGCAAGUGGUGGUGAGAAAGGUGAGACAGAUGUGACGCUGUGCAACACUCCGAUGGAGCUGGAAGAGCAGGGAUCGGGAGGUGGUGAUAAUGCCAGCAAUUGUGUGGAGAAUGCAGAAGUUGAUGAGUCAGAGUCGAAGCAGAUGGAAAUUGGUGAGACGGAGAACAGUUCGUCGGCUGACACGGAGAAUCAACCGCCGCUGGAUCCGAACAAGGUGAAGAAGAUUAUCACGUCGGAGAUAACAAUCUCGUGGAGCACGAUUUUUGUGAAGUGUGGCGGGCUGAGGAAGUUGUAUGACAUCCUGAUGUCUGGUGUGCUGCAGCCGGACGAGAGUUGUGGCGAUGACUUCAAUGAGUGGCGACAUGAUUGCCUGGCGAGUUUACUGAGAAUCCUCUGCUUGCUGGGCAUGGAGGAGAUGAAGCCAGAUGACACACCGCUCACGAUUCCCAAACUCAAUGAGCACAUGCUGCCGCUGAUGUCUGUCCGGCCGACACUGAAGCGGCUCUCGUCCAUUCUCAAUGACUCGUCCUUACCGCUGAAUCCGCAUCACUUCAAGACGGGAAUCUGGGGAAGAGCGCAGGUGAUUCACUUCACCAUGAAUCUCCUGGUGUGCUUCGUGCACUCGUCGCCACAGGCGCGCGAGCAGCUGUGGUCCGAUCCGGACAACUGCACGUGGCUGCAGCGAUUGAUACUCAACGAUCCGGAGCCGGCGGUGCGUCGAGAGGCUUGCGCUGGAUUGUACAGAGUGUGCUUGGGCAAUGCGAAGACAUUCUAUGAGAUCACGGCGCCAUUGCUCUCCAAGUUGAUCAACUUCUUGCCGAUUGCGGAGAAGAUGAUUUGUCAGAAUCAGAAUGUCAGCCUGGCGACGGAUGAGGGCAAGGAGCCGUAUGGACCCGCGUGUCGAGACUACUUCUGGCUGCUGUGCAGACUUGUGGACACAAUGACGACGGAGAUGAUGAAGGAGGGUUUGGACACGCCACACACAUCGGCGAUUGACAUUGAGAAUCUCUGCAGACAAGUGUCAAAGAGUAUUCUGGAUCGGGAGUUUCUCGAGGUGAGACACGGACAUCAGGAUGAUGGACUUGUGGGAUUGAUUAAUCUACUGGCCAGUCUGAUUAAGUUCGAUCCGCCGUUCAAGCAAAGUGCCGACGGUCAGGAGUUCAUUGAGAGGAUCUUUGAGUGUCUCUUUGAUCUGCCAUCGGCGGACAAUAGGCAGAAGCCCAAGUGUAAAUCCCAGUCUGCACGGGCUCAGGCGUACGAUCUGCUGGUGGAGAUGUGCAAGAACUCAAGCAAGAACUACGCUCUGCUGCACGGGAAGCUGAUGGAGCAGCACAAAUCGGGGCCACACUCGUCCUAUCCCUGGGACUACUGGCCGCGCGAGGAUGGACGAUCGGAGUGUGGCUAUGUGGGACUCACGAACCUCGGCGCCACGUGCUACAUGGCGUCGUGCAUUCAGCAUCUCUACAUGAUGCCACAGGCGCGCGAGGCGGUGCUCAGUGUGCCGCCGCAGAAUGCGCUGAAGCAUGCCAACACAUUGCAUGAGUUGCAGCGAAUGUUUGCGUACUUGAUGGAGUCGGAGAGGAAGUCGUACAAUCCGCGAUCUUUCUGUCGCGUGUAUCAGAUGGAUCAUCAGCCGCUGAACACGGGUGAGCAGAAGGACAUGGCGGAGUUCUUCAUUGAUCUCGUGUCGAAGUUGGAGGAGAUGACGCCGGAUUUGAAGAGUCUGAUCAAGAAUCUGUUCUGUGGCGUGCUGAGCAAUAAUGUUGUGUCACUGGAUUGUGGCCAUGUGAGUCGCACACUGGAGGAAUUCUACACGGUGCGCUGUCAAGUGGCGGACAUGAGGAAUCUGCAUGAGUCUCUGGAUGAGGUGACAGUGAAGGACACACUGGAGGGUGACAAUAUGUACACAUGCUCGCAGUGUGGGAAGAAGGUGAGGGCGGAGAAGAGGGCGUGUUUCAAGAAGUUGCCACAAAUUCUCUGCUUCAACACCAUGCGAUACACUUUCAACAUGGUGACGAUGCUGAAGGAGAAGGUCAACACGCACUUCUCCUUCCCGAUGCGCCUGGACAUGUCUGGAUAUUCGGAGAAGUCUCUCAUGCCGCAGUACUAUCAGGAGGAGAAGAAGAAGAUGCAGCUGCGUCGAUCCAGUUCACGAUCGUCCAACAACACAGAAUCGCCUGAGGCGUCGGAGAAGAUGAAGAAGGAUUGCUCGCCCAGUUCGAGCACUGAGAGCUCAGCGGAGACAGUCGAGGCGAGUGAGAAGAGCUCACAGGAGAUGGACGAGGAUGAGGAUGAAUUUAUAGAUCACUUUGAGUAUGAUCUUGUGGGUGUGACGGUGCACACGGGAACUGCCGACGGUGGUCAUUACUACAGUUUCAUCAAAGAACGCUCCACGAGUGGACUUGGCGACAGAUGGUUCCUCUUCAAUGAUGCCGAAGUGAAGAUCUUCGAUCCAUCGCAAAUUGCCGCUGAGUGUUUUGGCGGUGAAAUGACGAGCAAAACAUACGAUUCGGUGACGGAGAAGUAUUUGGAUUUCAGCUUUGAGAAGACCAACUCGGCGUACAUGCUGUUCUACGAGAGGCGCACGGAUAGGGAUGAGAAGGACGCCAUGGGCAGUUCAGAGAGUGGUCCGAGUUGUGCCAAUGAAUCGAGCUUGAGUGGCAGCAACAAUAAUAACAAUACCAGCAGCAGGAAUAACAAUAGCAGCAAUAUGGGGGCGUCAAUGCUAGAGGCUAUACCGAGGUCACUGAGCAAGGAGUCAUCAGAGGGUGCGAGUGCGAGUGCUAAUGAGACUGACCCGAGUAGUGAUUUACUGAUAAAACCUAAUUUAAAUAGAACCAAUUGUGAUAUAGAAGCUAAGGGGAAUUUAGUAGCAUCUUCAAUCGCGUCCACGAGCAAGGCAUCGGCAUCUGGAAGGCGGUCACUGCUCAGUAAAGAGCUGGAAGACUGGAUAUGGCAGGACAACAAGCACUUCCUGCAGGACCGCAACAUCUUUGAGCACACCUACUUCAGCUUCAUGUGGCAAAUUUGUGGACAUAUUCCACAAACGUUGCUAAUGCAGGGCGACAUCACGUGCAUCGCAGCUCAACUGUCGGUUUCAUUUUUCAUUGAGACAUUUAUACAUGCUAAGGAGAAGCCAACAAUGGUGCUCUGGGUUGAACUCCUCACGAAGCAGUUCAAUGCCAAUCCCGAGGCGUGCGAAUGGUUCCUCACGCACAUGUCACAGGUGCCAUGGUGGCCUGUCCAGGUGCUCAUACAGUGUCCUAAUCAAAUGGUGCGUCAAAUGUUUCAACGAUUGGUAAUUCACGUCAUACAACGACUCAGAAUGUCCCAUUCUUUGCUGUACUUAAAAAUUGAGACAAAUGAUGAGGGCAAGGAGGAGAUUGGCAAUGCGUCGUGUGUGACGAGAUUCAUAAAGUCACUGAUAAUGCUGAUGGAGAGCAGUGCAAAGGCUCACAUGAGGAAUCUCUCUGAGUUCUUUGGUCUGUUGUACGAUUUCUCUCGCAUGGGUGAAGAGGAGGCGCUCUUUUUGUUGCGAAUCAACAUCAUUCGGAAUGUGGCAGACUUCUAUUUGGGUCACAAGACGCAGGAUUGUAUCGAUACUGGGUCUGAUAAUGACGACAAUUCGUCCGAUGAGACACUGUCUGUUGAUAAAACCCGUCCGGCAAGUCUGGACAAGAUGAUAGCUCUUGUGGCGUCACUUGUUGAGAGAUCUCGCGGUCCAGAUUUGCGAUUGCAUCUCGCACCGCGUGAUUAUCAUGCCAUAGCGGGUGGAAAGGGUUUCCCUUUCCUCUAUCAGCAGAUCAAGGAUAACAUCAAUCCACAUCAGACACGUCAUCUUAUCCAUGCUCUGUGUCGCUUCGAUGAUCGCCUGGCGAAUCAGAUCAUUUCCAUGCUCUUCACGGCCGUCACGAAGCACACGGAACUGUGUGGGCCGUUCUUCAAGCUCCUCACGCUGCUCACGGAGAACUCAGUGGGUCCGUCGGGAAUGCCGUGCUUCUCGCAAUUGGUGCUGCAACGCGUGUGGGACGCAGCAGAGUAUUGUCCGCAAUCUGCCCUCGAUUGGUUGGCAGUUCAGGCGCCACGGAACAAGAUUGCUCACAGUUGGAUUCUGCAAUCGGCUGAACAGUGGGUGGAACCUUUUUUGCUGGCGCACAACAAUUCACGCGUUCGCAAUGCGGCUGCUUAUUUGCUGGUCUGCUUGGUGCCAUCGCAAUCCUUCAGGGCGAACUAUCGCGUGAGUUCGCAUCACAAGCUGAUGCUCCAUGGGCAGCAGAAGGAGUUCUCCGGAGAGGCGCAACUCAUUGCUCACAACAUUCUCAAUUUGCUGCUGCGUCUGUUGCGACAGGCGCGCAAUUACACAGAGAUUGGGUCACAUGGAACGGCCAAAUUAACGGCCUAUUUCACGCUGAUGACCUACUUGAUGGUGUCCAAGACUGAAAAGCUAAUGCUUGGAUCUCACAUUAGAGCCUUGUGGGAUCUCUUUCAUCCGCGACUCUCUGAACCUGGAGUUCCUGCACAUCACAAUAAGCAAGCACUUCUCGCUUUCUGGCAUCAUGCGACAACAGAGUGUCCGGAAAAUGCACAAAUUGUCGUCAAUUGUCCAGAAAUAACGAGAAAUAUUGCUUUCAACUACAUUCUUGCUGAUCACGAUGAGUCGGAGAUUGUUGCCUACAAUCGAGCCAUGUUGCCGGCCUAUUAUGGAUUGCUGAGGAUGUUUUGUCAGCAAAGUCGCACUCUCACGCGUCAGUUGGCGGCGCAUCAGAAUCUCCAGUGGGCAUUCAAGAACAUCACACCGCAUCCCACGCAAUAUGCGAUGGCUGUGGAGGAGCUGUUCAGGCUGAUGACUCUCUUCGCUCAGCGCCAUCCGGACGCCAGUGAGAGUGACCAGAGGGAGAUUAGCAACUUCAGGCGCACAACACUCACGGCAUAUCUCACAGGAUUGGACGCGAGGGUGUCGUGGGGCACUUUGAUAGCUGCCCUGCGCAUUUUAGUGGACAACGAUGAGGAUCGCCUAUUUGUUGUGCUUCACGGUGGCAUUGCGAUGGCCUUCGAGGCGCUGCACACUCUCCAUUCCAUGUAUCACGAGGCUACGGCUUGUCAUGUGUCAGGUGAUCUGCAGGAACUCCUGGCUGAGUUGGUGUUGCUGGUGAGCACGCUGAGGUUGACGAAUCGCAAUGAUCCGAAGAAGAGACUGCAACCGGGUGUGCUGAAGGGAUUGCAGGAGGGCGUGAGACGUCUUGCCACACUACUUAACACCUUCAAUCCGCCAGAGAUGAGAAAUCUCGCCAUGGAGGUGCUGAAGGAGUUGGUGAAGAACUCCACUGUUGAGGUGAUAAAUAUUCUCGUGCCGUUGCUCACGCACUGCCACACGGCGUCGCAGAACUCCACGCAUCCGUUGAGUCAGCUCGGCUACUACUUUCCGCGGCGCGGCUCGACGAAGAGCAGUUGGCAAUCCAUAUCAAAGAGUGCUCCACGUCCGCCGCGGCCAAUGGUGCAGAUGAGUGUGCCGCAGACGCAAUUGGUGCAGAAGGGCACAGAUAAGGAGUUCGAUGCGGCCCUCGAGGCCUUCUACAAGCCAUACCAUGACUUUCUGGACGUGAUGUUCCGCAUGGCGGUGAACACGAACCAGAUGAAUGAGUCAAUUGUGAAUCUGAGCUGUCUGGCGGGCACUGAAGGCACGGCGCUGCACUUCAACUUCUUCCCCAAAUUCUGGGUUGGUGUGUACAACAACAAGCAGACGAAUAAGUAUGUGGAGUUGCUCACGAACAAUCCAUUCCUCACGGAGUACAUUGACAUGAUCUUGCGCGAUGAGAGGAUCUCCCUCAAUGAUCCCAUCAUUCUCAGCUUCAUGGAGAUCUACUAUCCAAAGAUAACAUCACGAUUAACAAUCCCACGAUUGCUGGACUCAAUUGGUGUGAUCAUCCUGAGCAAGGAUAAUGUGUAUGAUCUGUGCGGGGACAUCAUGACAAUCAGGGUGAUUGUGGAGAGCACCAGUGAUUUGCCACAGUGGAUACAGAAGCAACUGCGCUCGGCGCUCUUGGAGGUGAAGUUGCGAUUCAAGGAUGACAUUGUUGUGCAUGAAGAUGAAUCACCACCGAAGCGGCGUAAAAUCAGUGAGAAUGAAGCGGAUGCGGCGGUUGUGAGUUCGAGUGAGGAAGUGACGCAGACGAGCGUCAAAGAGAGUCAGCAGCCUGAGAGUGCAGAAGCGGCGAGUGUGCAGAAGUCUCCGGCGGAACCGUCGUCGUCGACGUCAUCGGGUGAGGCGGUGGAGAUGGUGGAUGUGUCCGGGGACAAGGAGCAGCCCGCGGCGGAGUCGCCAGACAAAUCCGGCAGCACGGUGGAGACGGAGAGUCCGCAGACUAGCCAGAGUGGCUCCACGGAGCGCAAGGAGCGCCAAAGGUACAUUAAGAAGAUCGACGAGAAUAUUGACUUGGCGCUCAAGUGUCUGCCGGAAGUGAGUGAAGUCAGUUCAGAGGGUGGAAGUGCAAAGGCUCUGGAGGGAGAGGGAAAGGGUGAGGAGAGCACAAAGAAGGAUGACACGGAAGUGAGUGAGAAGAGUAAGAAAGAGUGAAU